UGUGUGACCAGCAUCAGACCUCAGUCAGUGACCAGGGUCAGGUCUCAGUGUUUACCCAGAGACAAAGCUCAGGGUGUGGCCAGGAUCAGGGGACUGGGGCUCAGGUAGCCUCCUUCUCCUCUGAAAGGGUCGUGUUUUUGGGACAGCGUGGGGACCCCAAGCUUGAGGGGUCAUUGUGGCGUCCCCCUGUGUUUGGGCACUCCCUUCUUCCUGGGCCUUGGUGGGCCUGCCUGGGCUGAUGAGGGACCACCCCUGGGGACAGCCACUCUUCCGGAGGCUCCUGGCCCUGGAGACCAGCGCUGUCCAGCUCCAGGGUCUCGCAGCCGUUGGCAGCCAGGCCUGGCGACGUGGCAGCCCAUCGCACAUGACUGAGAUGGACACUUGGCAAAGACUGUGUUUGCAGGGAAAACACUUGGCACCACCCACGGACCUCCUCUGCCCGGGGCCCUGCACAGUGGGCCCUGCACACGGGAAGCCUCAUAAAGCCACCUGCGCACCCGUCCACCUCAGGCAGAAGCGGACUUGUCUGGGCUGAGUGUCCACCUGCCUCAAGAACUACCUGAGAUCCUGGGGCGGAGGCCAGUUCAGCCAUGGCUGGGGUACGUGGGCUGAGGCUUCUGCUGGCACUGCUGCUGCCCGUGGUCAGCACCUCCACGGCAGGCACCGUGGUCCGAAUCAACAAGGCCGUCCUGAGCUACGUGUCUGAGUUCGGGAAAGUUCCUCUCCAGGAGGCCUUAAAGGUCGAUGACCAGCAUUUUCUGGACCAGAGUAGUGAGGUGCUUCAGACUGUCAGGAUCCAGGUUCCAGCAGUCCGCGUGACGCGCCUCCACCUGAAGUUCCUCCCUGACUUCGGCAUAUACAUGUGGGCGGCCGCCAAUUUCACUGUCAAGGUGUUUUGUGUCCCAGAGUCCCUGGAGCUGAUGGUGCCUGUGACACUGCAGUCUGACUUACGUGUGACCCAGAGCUCCCUUGGGACCCCCAAGAUCAGCAUCUCCACCUUCUUCCCGCACUUCGGCCGAGCCACGGUGCUUGAUGACAACAAAAACCUGUCCCCUGCGCUGCUGGCCACGCUACAGAAGGACAUCAAAGCUAUUCUCAGCAGCAAGCUGAACCUGAACUUGGCCAACCUGGUGGACAACAUCAAUAUCCACAUGGGCACCUUAAUCGGCCUCAACCCUGUAAGCCCUGAGUCCCAAAUCUGCUACUACAUGAUGAACCCACCCAGCAUCACCCGGGACUACAUUUCCAUGAAUCUAAAUGCGGUUCUCUUCCUGCUGGGCAACCCCAUCAUCCUGCCCAUGGACACCCCCCACUUGGAGCUGCCAGAGUUGGUGGGCAACAGGGCGGCCAUGGCCACUCUGGCCCUGUCUCAGAACCUGUUUGACUCUGUCCUGCUGCUGCUGCAGAAGGCCGGGGCCCUCAACCUGGACAUCACAGCGCACCUGCAGUCAGACGACAACCCGCUGAACACCUCCGUCCUGAGCAAGUUCAUCCCCGAGGUGGCCCACCAGGUCCCCGAGUACAAGCCCGUGGUGCUCAAGGUGCGCCUGGGUGCCAUGCCCGUGGCUGCGUUCCACAACAGGAGCAUCACGCUGCGGCUGCAGCCCCUGGUGGAGGUCCUGGCCACCUCCUCCAACUCGGCCUUCCAGUCCCUCUUCUCCCUGACUGUGGUGGUGAACCUGAACCUUCAGCUCUCCGUGUCCAAGGCGAAGCUCUACGGGACCACCUCUGUGGUGGGGGACAUGUACCUGGCCGUGGCCUCUUCCAACGUGGGCUCAAUUAACCUGGAUCGCAUGUACCUGCUCAUGAACACCGUGUUCGAGAAGCCCCUGCUGGAACACUUCAAUGCGCUCCUGGGCAUAGGCAUCUCCCUCCCGACGGUGACCAACCUCCACUAUGUCAACCCUGAUAUCUGCAUCAAUGAGAACUCCGUGGUGAUUUCCAGCGGACUCUCUUACCACCCCUGAAGCAGGAGCACCAGGAGGGCUGGGAGAGGCCGGCCUCGCUGCCCAGGG